AAAAAGUAAAACUUGUUUUUAUAGCGUUGUUUUCAUCGCAACUCAUUGCAGAGACAAAUGUUUGAAAAUGGAAACACAGGCCUUGUUAGUUGUUAAGGAAAUAACAAAUGGCCUGCGAGUUGCUGAGACAAAGGAAGAAAUCAUAAAAUGGCUUACAAUUAUUAGAGCUUUAUUUAUUCCUGACAAUCUGAAAAGUUAUCAUUCACCGAUAUUACAUGGUUAUGAAUGUACAAUGUUGUCGUCAAUAAGUCAAGUGGUGACUUCACAAUUUGCAAAAAGAAUCUAUGAACAGUUAAUCGCGAAGUUUUCUUUAGAGUUCAUUACUGAAGUAACAACAGAUGUUUUCAACUCACUUAUGAUACCCAUCUUCUUGGAAGGCCCACUCAGAGAUUCUUUUAUUGUUCUUUUUAAUACAAUAACAGAUUCAGAAAAAAAAACUUUUGGCUUUUAUAAAUGUGUAUCUGUUUUGGAGAAAUUUAUAAGUCAAAAUAUUUUAGCCCAGCUACUGAAAAAUGAGAGUACAAGCUAUGGGCAAACAUAUUCUCAAAUUGUUGACAUUGAUGCAGAAAUUCUUCUUGGAUAUCUCUCUUCUUUUUCAGAAAAAGUUGCAAACAAACUUCAACAUGAAAACAGUGACAAAUUUCUACCACAGAACUAUAUUCCAACACUAGGUCUAGCCAUCAUAGACACAUUACAUUGGGCUCAUGAUCUGGUGGCAACUGGCCAAGAUGUUUCUCUUUUGUUUGUUAGUUCUCUUGUUGGGAAAUUGUGUUUGACAGGAUUUGCAGAUGUUUUGCUUGACACCAUUGUACCACUCUUGAGUAUUAGAGUAAGGGCUGAUUAUAUCUGGUGCCGGGUCUGCGAGCGGGUCUUUGCUGGUGUCCCAGAUCGAAACUUAGAAGCUGUUGUUGUACCUUUAUUAAAAAAACUCUCUUGGUUUGGCCUAGUUGAUAAAUUUUUGGGUGACUGUGUUGUCCAUAACACUGGUGUUCAAAUGCUGAUCUGUACAAAACUUUUACUGUACAGAUCUUUUCCUAAGCCUAAACAAUUGUUACAAAAUAUCAUUGGGUAUCUGACCACUUUUCACACCAGGCGACACCUUUUUGUGGAGUUGGUGUUUCGAUUGUUGACGGUAUGGGGGGAUAAGAGCUCAAUGAAACAUAUUUCUGCUGAACAGCAUCUGUACAUAACCAGAGCGUUGGUGGUUUGCAUCGGAGCAUUGAAAGAGCAGGAGAAAAAUACAUUGAGAAGUGACUUGCUUCAAAAUCUCAUGCAUGGUGUUCAAGCUCAUCUAGAAAGUUCUGACCCUAACACCAGGACAUUGGGUAUGACAGUGGCCAAACUGUUGACCCAAACUGUUGACUCCAGUGGACCUCAGUUAGAGUAUGACCUUGAUUUGAACAACCCAGCAGUCAAAGAUUUACUUAGCUACAGAGAGCUACCUGAAGAUCCAGGCCCCACACUUGAUGAAGAAAGUCUAAUGAGCCAAACUGGUGAAAUAUCUAAGGAAAAUGAACAAUUGCUUCCAGAAAGUAAUGAGAAACAAAAAGCUGAAGAGAUCAAUGAUGACUCAGAGUUAGACAGUGAUGAUGAUUUAGAGCCUUAUGACAUGUCCAAUGAUAAAAAAGUAAUGUCAACAGCACCUCCUAAAUAUGUUAGAGAAUGCAUGGAAGGUUUGAUUUGUAGUUCAGAUAAUCCAGAUAAGACAGAGCUAUGUCUUCAGCAUGCUGAGAGUCUGAUUCGACAAAAGACUACAGACUUGGAGGAGAUAGCUGUUGAGUUUGCCAAAAUUCUUCUUCACUUAGAGAAUACUCACAAUUUUGAUAAGUUCCUGUUAAACAGAUUCUCUGCCUUGGUGGCAUUGACUGUACAUUGUCCACAAAAAGUCUCAGAAUAUUUGUCCUCUCAGUUUUAUGAAAGAAAUUACAAUACACGACAACGAAUGGAUAUUUUAGAGGUAUUAGCCAAUGCUGCACAAGAACUGUCUCAGCCUGAGAAACAAUCGCAUGAAAAGAAGCCAUCACCUGUAAUUGCUUCUAAUUCUGGGCCUUCUGGCUGGAAGGAAGUGGUCCAGAAAAGAAUUGAAAGCAACACUCGAAGGUUUGCCCACGGCCGGACAAAACCAGAGCCAGUCGCUACACUUAACAAAUUUACACAGGUGGCUGGCCAGUUUUUCUACCCUCUUAUGGCCAAAGCUGACAAAGCUCAAGCGUACUUAGACCUGUUGGGAUCAGACUCAAUUUUGUUGUUUCGUUUAUUGUAUACACUUGCCAUCAUUCUUCAUUCUGCCAUAAACCUGCCUUGCGCCAAGCAGAUGGGACAAGCAUUGUUAGAAUUUACUUGGCCACUACGCUUUCAUUCAGACAGCUCAGUGCGCCAGGCUGUGUUGAUAGCAACAAUCUCUGUUCUGCUGGCUGUACCAGCUCACUUUCUUAUGACAGACCUACAGGCUGAUAUGACAGAGACCACAGCAUGGUUAGAAGGAGUGAUAGACCAUGACCCAGAUACUGAAUGUCAAAAAUGGGCCACCCAGGCUUUGUUGCUUCUCCGAGAACAAAUAAGAAAAGAGUUUGAAAAUUCUAGCAACUAAAGCAGUCAUCACCAACUUGUGCUUCAAAAUAACCAUCAUGACCUGGGAUCUACUUGAAAAAUUUACUAAUGACAAAUACAGAUUGUAGAUAAGACACUUUGGUUAUUAUUAAGUCUUUCUUGUAAAUAAAUUGUUGUUGCAGA